UCUCCCGGGAAGCUAUUAAUAGCAUUACGUCAGCCUGGGACUCGCAACCCGAAGUACACCGCCGCGCCGCCGGCCGAGGGCUAUAAAAGGGGUGAUGCAACGCGCUCCGAGCCACAGUCGCACACAGCCAGGCGCGCGCUGCUCAGCGCUCUCCCCGCGCCGCCGCCCGAGCGCACCCGCCCGCCCGCGCUCCGGCCGCGAGCUCUCCGCGCUCGCCCGCGGGCCGGACGGACAGACAGCCCGACCCGCUCCCGACCCUGCCCGUCCUCCGGACCCUGGCCGCCCCGGGAGACUGGAGCAAAAUGAUGCUUCAACACCCAGGCCAGGUCUCUGCCUCGGAAGUCAGUGCUUCUGCCAUCGUCCCCUGCCUGUCCCCUCCUGGGUCACUGGUGUUUGAGGAUUUUGCUAACCUGACACCCUUUGUCAAGGAAGAGCUGAGGUUUGCCAUCCAGAACAAGCACCUCUGCCACCGGAUGUCCUCUGCGCUGGAGUCAGUCACUGUCAGCGACAGACCCCUUGGGAUGUCCGUCAUGAAAGCCGAGGUAGCCCCAGAAGAAGAUGAAAGGAAAAAGAGGCGACGGGAAAGAAAUAAGAUUGCAGCUGCCAAGUGUCGAAACAAGAAGAAGGAAAAGACUGAGUGCUUGCAGAAAGAGUCAGAGAAGCUGGAGAGUGUGAAUGCUGAGCUGAAGGCCCAAAUCGAGGAGCUUAAGAACGAGAAGCAGCAUUUGAUAUACAUGCUCAACCUUCAUCGGCCCACGUGUAUUGUCCGGGCUCAGAACGGGCGGACUCCAGAAGAUGAGAGAAACCUGUUUAUCCAACAGAUAAAAGAAGGAACAUUGCAGAGCUAAGCAGCCGGCGGCAUGGGGGCAACUGGGGAAUCCUCAUUGAAUCCUCCUUUUACACCCCAAACCCUGAAGCCAUUGGAGAGCUGACUCCCUGUGCAACCUCUAGAAUCCCAGCAGCAGAGCACCACCGAGGCAGGAGGCCCCACGGUGACUCAGCUGGGCCUUCCCAUUCUGCCCAGAGUGGAUCUUGAACCAGGGGAAGUGCAUCCUUUGCCUCAACUCCAGGAUUUAGGCCUUAACACACUGGCCGUUCUUAUGUGCCAGAUGGACCCAGACUGGGAUCCUGCCCGCCUUUUGUCUGGAUUCUACAAAAACCAGGGUGCCCACCAUCAGGAUCCAUGCAGAAGCGUCUGUACCUUGGGUGGGUAGGGUGGAGCUGUCUCCUCCGCCAUGGCUGCCAUUGUCACUUGUCGAGGACAUGGAGUGAGAACGGCAUUUGGUGAAGUUGUGCAAUGGCCAGGGUUGUGCUUCCUAGAAAAAUAUGCUGUUAUGUCCAGAAAUUACUGUGUGCAAGGCAUUCGUUUCAAAACUAGGCAUUGUGCUCUUUUGAUAUUUGUUUUGCACACCACUGGUGUGACUUUUAUGUGAUUUUCCUCAGGUCUGGUUUCUGAGAGUUUGGGGAGGUUGUCACCACAUGCAGUGUCUCACAAAAUGUUCAGGUGGCCAGAACUUGUCAGCCUCCGGAGAACAGAGUUCUCCUGGCGUUAACACAAAACCUAUGGGUAUGAUGGCAGGUCCUCUGUUGCAGACUCCGUUCCAACAUCACAAGAAGAAAGCAGAAAGAAAGCCCAGCUUCCAAAGGGUUAAGACUCUCCACUCAGUGACUUAGGUCAGGAGUUAUUUCUAGGUUGGAAGAGCCAAAGAAUAUUUCAUUUUCCUUUCCUUGUGGUUGGAAAUCACAGUCAGUGGAGACAUGUUUGAAGCCAGGUAUUGCCUAAGCUUUAGCAUUAUUGGAUGUCAAUGGCAUUGUUUUUGUCAUGUAGCUGUUUUAAGAAAUCUGGCCCAGGGCGUUUGCAGCUGUGAGAAGUCACUCACACUGGCCACAAGGACUCUGGCUACUGUCUGUUAAAAUUCUGAUGUUUCUGUGAAAUCCUCAGAGUGUUUAAUCCUACUCAAUAGUAUCAUUACAAUUUUCUGUAAGAGAAAAUAUGACUUAUUUAUCCUAGUAUUCUUAACCUGUCAACAUAAUAAAUAUUGGAACCAAGACAUGGUAAA